UCUAUUAAGAAAGUUUUCUAGUAAAUUUUAAACUUUUUUUUAUCUGCGUAAGUGGAGAAGUUUGGAUGUUGUAGGGCACUUCCGCCACAUGUAUCUUGUUUAGUAGGUUGGGGGAAUUUGACAAAAAGUUUAAAGACACUCAAAGCUGUUACUUUUAGUUUUAACAACUGCAUAUGAAUCCAGAUGAUAGCACUACUUAUGUCUCUUUUAAGGAGACAUUAUUUUUUAACAGGAAUAGUAUUUGUUAUAUUUUUUGCUCACCUGUUCCCUCAUAUUGGAGCUAAAGGAGGGUUACUAAAGCCAGAAAUAACAGUAAAAUAUGUGGCUGUUUUCAUAAUAUUUUUUAACAGUGGGAUUUCUAUCAAAACAGAGGAUCUAACUAAAGCUGUAUUACAGAUAAGAAUUCACCUGUUUAUUCAAUGUUUUACAUUUAUUGUCUUCCCCUGCAUCAUGGUAGUGUUAGUGAACAUGUUGUCUUUGUCAUCAUUUGAUGGGCUCCUCUUACAAGGCUUGAAAGUUUUAGGAUGUAUGCCUCCUCCAGUUUCAUCAGCUGUUAUCCUUACAAAAGCCAUAGGUGGCAAUGAGCCAGCAGCCAUAUUUAACUCUGCACUUGGGAGCUUUUUGGGUAUAUUUGCUACACCAGCCUUGAUUUUAAAUGUUAUUGGUAACCUUGUGGAUGUACCUGUGUACAAUAUAGCAACACAACUUUCUCUCACAGUUUUGUUUCCUCUAGUACUUGGCCAGAUCUUAAGAAAACAUGCAAAGCUUUGGUUAGACAGAAAACAUAUACCAUUCAGUUGUAUUGGCAGCUGCAUUCUGUUGCUGAUUAUUUAUACUACAUUCUGUGAUACAUUUUCCAAUGCAAAUAUUGGUAUAGAUUUUAUCAGUUUGAUGUCAGUUAUAUUUUUAAUUGUAAUAAUCCAGUGUAUACUUUUGUUUAGUAUAUUUAUGACAAUAACUCAGGUGUUUAAAUUGUUUACACCUCCUGAUGCAGUGGCCGUUCUCUUCUGCUGUACUCACAAGUCCCUAACAUUAGGAAUUCCAAUUGUGAAAAUUUUAUUCAGCAAUCAUCCAGGUCUGUCUGUGAUAUCAGUUCCACUGUUAAUUUAUCAUCCAACACAGAUAUUACUUGGUGGACUACUAGUCCCAACCAUCAGAGGCUGGUUAUUAUUCAAUCAAAAAUACAGGACUCAGUUAUCUAAGGUGUGAUGAUGGUAAUCCAUAAAACAGAUAAUCAACAGUUCAUCAUUAGUACCUCAACUGAUUUUUAUAGUAUUAUUUAUUUGAGACAUGACAAUUUGAUAAUGUAUUAAAUAUGAUUUAUUUUAA